AUGGUAAAAAAUGUUAUCAUUCUUGGACUUCUAGUCCUUGCCCUUGGCAGAAAUAACUUCCGUCCAUUCCCAGAAGAUGACGGGCACCAUGAGAAAAUUGAUGAAGAAAUAUCCCGUCGCCCUAAAACCCCUCGUCCUCCGCAAGGAGAUUUCAGACCAGUCAUUGGGAUUCUCUCAGUCCCAAUAUUCCCAUACAACACCUGGAACACCACAGCUACCACCUAUCUAGCAGCCUCAUACAUAAAAUACGUCGAAAUGGGAGGUGCAAGAGUUGUCCCUAUCAGAUCUGACAGCAGCUUUGCAGAACUUGACUUUUUAUUCCCAAGACUAAACGGAAUUCUGUUCCCUGGUGGCACUAUUUAUAUGUUUGAUAACAGCACUUAUCCAGUCCCUACUCUUGGAGCUGAUUUUGCAGCAAAAGCCUGCUAUCUUUAUAACAAGGUAAAGCAGGCUAAUGACAAUGGAAUUUAUUAUCCAUUAUGGGGAACUUGCAUGGGAUUUGAAACAAUCCAAGUGUGUGAGAACAUUGAGUAUGCAACACUUGGGAAUUUCAAUGGCGAGCCUGCUUAUAUAAGAUCAAAUAAUUUCACCAAGCUUGCGAAGGACAGUUAUAUUUUUGAAGCUCUUGGAAAACAUUAUGGAGAUAUCAUAAGAGAAACAAUGAGCAAGAAAGAAACCUCACUAUUAUCCCACAUCCAUGGAAUUCCUACAUCAAUUUACACCUAUCAGAACAAUCUCACUAGCUUUUACAAUGUCCUCAGUACAAUGCACGAUAAAUCAGGAAAUCCUUUUAUUGCUAUGAUUGAAGCUAAAAACUACCCUAUUUAUGGAACUCAAUUCCACCCAGAGAAGAACAUUUAUGAGUGGGAGCCUACAUCUCCACAACCUCAUGAUCCUUUCUCAGUGAUGGUUUCGACUUAUUUCUCAAAUUUCUUUGUUUCGGAAGCUAGAAGGAAUAACAAUACAUUUGUGAGUGAACAAGAAUUGGAGCCUUAUUUGAUUUAUAACUACUCACCUCUAUAUACCAACAACUAUUUCACUCAAACUUAUGAGUUUUAA